CGAGCACGAUCGCGGGGAAGAAUCCAUACGAUAUACUGCAUUUCCAAGGCAUAGGAUAUAAAUAGAGAGCCACGUCCAAGGCACGUGGUUGGUCCUGAAGGCUGACUCAGCUUCCCCACACUUUCCGAUAAGAAAAUGGGAACUUGGUCUGGGAGAAAAGCUAAGGAGACCUCCGCGAUUUGUCACCUCAGAUAUGUCUUGAUUUACCCCCCUCGGAUUGAGUCACAGAACAGUAGCGUGGACUAUGAGGGCCUCUGUGCGACUUCGCGACUAACAUCAUCUGGUUCAAUGUCGCUUGCAUUGACCGUGCGCUAGUCGGUUUUCAUGACCCAAACUCGAUAAGUGUGCCAGCCCUUACAGUAUUUGCCUCGCCGCCUGCACCUCAAGCGCCAAUUCCUUGACAACCUCGGAUAGUUUGUUUGCGCCCUAUUUGAGAGUCGUCAUGCCACCUGCGACUGCUCAGAGUAGCUCUGCUACUCAAAAGCUUGUGACUCCGGGAUUUAACGCCGGCGCAAGGCCAUACAGAUCUCACAAAGUCAGGGCUUGUGACUUGUGUCGGAAGCGCAAGUCCCGAUGCACGGUGGAUAUCCCAGGCCAGUCAUGUCUCCUAUGCCGAGUCCAGGGAGCAGAUUGUCAUUACCAAGAAGAAUCCAAUCACGAUACAUCCAAUGCUAAUGGCCCCGACCCCAAAAGAUGGUCCGUUGAUAAUACCAGUGAAAGCUUGCCCUCUGGCCAGAAGCGCAAGCGUACCCCCCACAGCGAUUCGCCUCCCAGUCGUCCACGAGAAAGUACUUCCACCCUACCCCGCGCGAGUUCCGUAGUGGACAGUCGCAGCAGCGAAACGCGACGGCAAGGAGUUGAAGAUCCUCACAAUGAAUCCGUUCAUAUCGUUGGUCCCGUUGUGGCAGAUGAUGCGCAGGUAAUCGAGAAGUUUAUGCCGCCAGAGCAUUCCAACACGAACGAGGACCCUAACAGCCAUCCGUACAAUGUUUACUCGAACGAUCCGAGAAAACCCAUCCUGUAUACAACUAUCUCUAGGCGGAGACAAGGCAUGCGAGUUGGCAUCCCACCUGGAGAGAACCAGAAAGAAGUUCUGGAGCAAAUACUCGGGCCUUUCAGGCAUGAUCUAGUUAGGCUCUUUAUAGACAGGUUCAACGUAGCAUUCCCAAUCUUUGAUGGCGACAGCUUCUGGGAGGCAUACAUCUCGGAGGUCCCAGGGGAACCACCUGCGUCUCUUAUAUGUCAGGUCUAUUCCAUGUCGCUUGUCUACUGGAAACACGUGCCGAAGCUUGCCAGCCACCCCAAACCGGAUGUCCGAUAUGCAGUCAACAUGACCGUGGCCGCCCUCCACGAGGAAUUCUCUGCCCCGGGCUUGUCGACUAUAAGUUGUGCUCUGAUUGAUCUAACCGGGCGGCCAAUAUUCUCCAUGACCGGCAAUGCUAUCAGUUGCGGUCGAAUGAUAUCUCUCGCUCACUGCCUUGGCCUGAAUCGAGAUCCCAGCCAUUGGAAGGUCUCUCAGAGGGAGAAAGAUCAUCGUAUACGAUUAUGGUGGGGUGUCGUGAUACACGAUCGCUGGGGGAGCUUUGGUCACGGUGUACCUCCCCAAAUUGCCAAGAAUCAAUACGAUGUCCCACUCCCUACAAUCGACGGUUUACUGUCGCCAAAUGGUCGCACCAAUGAGCGCGUGAGGGCCGCUCACUGCCACAUUGCGCUGUGUCGCUUGACGGAGAUUCUUGGCGAGCUCAUGCCACUCGUAUACGGCUUGCAACACCGAGUUUCACGCGAGACCUCCAAGAGAUUACGACAGAUCAGAACUGAUCUCGACAUGUGGGAGGAUUCUCUUCCUGACUGGUUGAGGUCACCAGCAAGUACGAGCACGGAGGAACGUAUCUCUGGGACAUGUAGCUUGCAGCUGGCCUUCCUGGCCGUCAAGAUGCUUGUAAGCAGAGUGGAACUGAACGAGGUCAAUAGUGCAGAUACCGAUAACCCAGAGGCACGGCGCUACUUCCAGACGGAAUGCCGACGCUCUGCUGAAGAAAUCGUUCAAUUUAUCUCGUCACUCCGGAAAGAGAACUUCCAGGAGUUCUGGUUGCCAUACAGUGCCUUCCACCUCACAUCCACCGCCACUCUUCUCGUUCGCUGCGCGCUGGAAACAACAGACACGGACGUAGCUCGCUCCUGUAUCAACAAUGUGGAGAUGUUCCGGAGUAUAUUACGCCGUGUCAGAGAAGAGGAGGACUGGGAUGUAGCGGACAUGUGCCUGGACCACUGCGAUCGGAUCCUCAACAGACUCCCUGGCAACGGAAGCACCCCUGACCUCAACUUCAGUGGUGUUGUGCAGCCUGAUAACCGCUUGGUGAACCCGGCUGCAAUUUCGCUUCCUGAGACGCAGACGAAUAAUGAUAUUGUUGAUGAUAUGAUGUCCAUCUCCGGGACUUUUGGUACGAUGGAUGGUUUCCCGUUUGAUAUGACGGGUAUCUGGGAUGUCUCUGUUUUCCAGGACGUGAAUUUACCAUGAUGUAACAUGUUAGAGAUGAACCGGGAGGGAUUCUCUUUCAAUUAUACCCAAUGUGAACUUUAUAUGUAUGUUAGUUUUCGACGUAAAUAUGGUGUCUAG